AACACAUAUCAUCACUCCGCAGGUAGCUUACUUUUAUUGUUUGAUCAUCCCAUCAAGAACAUCAGUUGAUCUUCAUCGUCAUCCGAAAGAUUCGAUAACGAAAAGAAUGGCAACACAAACUGAAGCUCCAUCAACCACUCCUAGCGUACAAGUGGUUGGCAAUGCCUUUGUCGAGCAGUACUACCACAUACUUCAUCACUCCCCAAAUAUGGUUCACAAAUUUUAUCAGGACGCAAGUUUCAUAAGCCGGCCGGACGAAGAUGGUACGAUGAUAACUGUGACUACAAUGAAAGGUAUCAAUGACAAAAUAUGUUCAUUGGAUUACACUGCCUACAAGGCUGAGAUAAAGACGGCUGAUGCUCAGGAGUCUUACAAGGAUGGGGUGAUUGUUUUGGUAACUGGAAGCUUAACCAGGAAGGAGGAUGACCAAAGAAGGAAGUUCAUACAAAGCUUUUUCCUUGCCCCACAAGACAAGGGUUAUUUUGUGCUUAAUGAUGUUUUCAGGUAUGUAGAUGAAAGCAAGCCAAUGGAGGACAAUUAUGUGGUGGUUGAGGGGAUAGACGAUAAGCAAACACCACCCUUGAUCGCAGAUCCUCCUCGCACAAUUGAUUCUCCAUCGCCAGACCUUGCUAGUGUUCAUAAAGAAGAAACUCAAAAUGUCGAGGAAGAAGCCCAAGAUGUUACGGAAAAUGAGGGACUUUUAGCAAAUGAAAAUAAUUCAGUGGAACCUGAACCCUAUCCAAGUGAGAACAACAUGUCGUCGGUGGCAGAAUCUAUAUCUUCUAUUGCUGUGGAAGAUGCUCCAAAAAUGUCUUAUGCAUCAAUUCUAAGUUCACAGACAAAGAAGGGGGGCCCAGGGCCUACUAAAGUUUAUGUUCCUACUUUAAGAACAGCUCCUGCAAAAACUGAAAAUAUAUCAGUUGCUACUGUGGCACAAGGUCCACCACCAGAAGUGCCGGCACCUAUUGCCUCGAGUAGCAUUAGUUCUCCUGAUAGUAGCAAUGUUCACAAUGAAGGUGAUGGUCAUUCCAUAUAUAUCCGGAAUUUGCCUCUAAAUGCAACAGUAUCUCAGCUUGAGAUGGAGUUUAAGAAAUUUGGACCUAUUAAGCAAGGAGGUAUCCAAGUCAGAAGUAACAAGCAGCUGGGAUUCUGUUUUGGCUUUGUUGAAUUUCAAGAUUUCAGUUCCAUGCAGAAUGCAAUUCAGAGCUCUCCUGUUGUUAUUGGUGGUCGAGAGGCUGUCGUAGAGAUAAAGAGGACUACAACUCGAGUUGGGACUGGGCGUGGCAGUCGUUUUCCGGCAGGACGCGGUGGUUUCAGGAAUGAAGGAUUCAGAGGACGUGGUGGAAGCUUCAACGGUGGUCGUGGAUAUGGUAGAAGCGACUAUGGUGGUGGGCGUGGUGACUUUUCUGGCCGAGGAAGAGGCCCUGGCGGACGUGGUGAUGGUUAUCACCAGCAAGGAAGAGGAAGAGGCGGCAGAAGAGGCGGCUCAGCCCAAUACACAUCUACCACCGCCUGAUUUAAUCUCGUUUUUUCUGACAAUUUAAUUUACUGCCAAAUUCCCCGCACUCGGUAGAAGGUUAGUACAUCUUAGCGAAAAACUAAUUUCAUGACCAAAAAACCUGUUUUUAUCUGCUGUUAGUUUCAGCUUCAUUGGCAUUCUUUCUAACAAAAUUUGUUUUAGGUGGCUUUUGUUUCACAGGGGUCAAAAUGUAAUUUUGCAAAUUUUAAGGUUUCCAAUUAAAUUCACCGUAAGUUAUUGGUUGCUAAAUUGUUCGCAUUUGAGUGAGAUAUACUGUAUACUUUUCAUCUGGUUUAGUUUACGGAACGUCUUAAUAAACCAGACCAAACCAAAUUGACCCAGUAUUCAAAGGGCCAGAGGUUGAGAUGGAUGUAGAUCUAACAUCUAUCUUAAAGAGAGAAGUGACUGUUUUUGUGAAGACUCCUGAACAUUUCAGGUUUUUUGGAAAACGGAAAGAUAGAGCGAAAUU